ACCAAUACUAAAUAAUCAGUUUUAUUGUCAUAAAACCAAUUAUAGUGAUCAGUUUUACUUUUUGCUACAAUGCAUCUUUUUAAAGCAAUAUUUCUUAGUUUAUUUAGCAGUGUCUUUUCUCAAAGAUUUGAUUUGGCAUAUUACUUGCCAGAGAACUGGAAAGAUAACUUUAAAGAUCUAAAAGGUCUUUCACAGGAUACUUUUAAUAUUCACACUCUUUUAAAAGACUUAAAUUAUCCGAUUGAAAAUCACUGGAUUACUACAGAAGAUGGUUAUGUUUUGCAACAUCAUCGCAUAAGUGGACGAAAUCAAUCUCACUCAACAAGUAAGAGCCAAAAACCAGCAGUUCUUCUAAUGCAUGGACUUGGUGGAAGUUCUAUAGAUUGGGUGCUUUGGGGACCAGAGAAAGGUUUAGGUCUUGUUUUAGCAGAUGCUGGAUAUGAUGUAUGGUUAGGUAAUAAUAGAGGUAAUCUUUGGUCAAGAAGUCACAAGCGCUUGAAUCCCGAUAUUGAUGAAGACGGAGAAGAGUUCUGGGAUUAUAGCUUUGAAAAAUGCGGUUAUUAUGACCUACCAGCAACAAUAGACUACAUUCUCCAAACAACUGGAGAACAAAAAUUGUUUUACGUAGGAUUCUCCCAAGGAACAAGUCAAUUUUUUGCAAUGGCUGCUUUAAGGCCUGAAUAUAACGACAAGAUAGCAUUGAUGUCAGCAAUGGCUCCGAUUGCUUAUAUGGGACAUUUAAGCGCACCAUUACUUCGCUUCGCUGCAACGUAUGUAGAAGCUUUAACGAAAGUGACAGAAUAUCUGCAUAUUUAUGAAAGUAGUGAUAACGGUCUUAUCUCUGAGCUAUUGAGAACAUUUUGUACUUGGGAAGCUGACCAAAAAGUCAAUCUUUGUGUAAUAUCAAUGUUUAUGAACUCAGGAUUUGAUUCUCACGAACUUGAUACGAACGUGGUGCCAUUGUAUAUGUAUACAAGUGGAGCUGGAAUGUCUUAUAAUAUGAUAAAGCACUAUGGACAAGAGAUAAAAUCAGGCCAUUUUCGCCGAUACGACUAUGGAUCUUCAAAAAAUCUUAAACUGUAUGGCUCUAAGGUCCCACCAGACUUUAAUAUUUCAUUAAUUACAGCUCCGGUGGACUUGUAUUAUGGUGAGAAUGACUUUCUUGCAGACCUAAAGUAUCAGUUUUUGCGAAAGUAUAAAUAUCCAGUGGAAACUCACUGGGUAGAAACUGAAGACGGUUAUGUUCUUCGAAUGCAACGAUUAGUAGGCGGUAAAGAUGGAGUUUACUCUGACAAUAGUAAUAAACCGGCUGUUCUUCUCAUGCAUGGUCUAUUAAGUAGUGCUAUGGAUUUUGUUAAUGUUGGACCAAAUAGAUCAAUCGCGUUGAUGUUGGCAGAUGCAGGAUACGACGUUUGGUUGGGGAAUAAUAGAGGGACUACUUGGUCUACGAUGCAUAAGACAUUAGAUCCUGAUAAUGAUCCGGAAUACUAUGACUACAGCUUUGAUACGUGUGGAUAUUACGAUCUACCAGCAAAAAUUGACUACAUCAUUAAACAAACAGGCCAGAAAAAAAUAUUCUACAUAGGCCACUCUCAAGGAACAUCGCAAUUUUUUGCCAUGGCAGCAUUAAGACCAGAAUACAACGAAAAAAUCGCUCUAAUGACAGCGUUAGCACCAGUUGCAUAUAUGACGCAUAUGGCUUCUCCAUUACUGAGGCUAUUAGCUCAAUACCAAGAGAUUUUUGAGUUUUUGUUAGUGGAUGUUUUAAAAUUUCAUAAUUUAUUGCCUUAUUCAUGGAUCUAUAGAGUAUUUGCUGAAAUCUCAGAAAGAGAAUUCGAAAAGAUGAAACCAGAAGACAAAGACAAAUUUGGUAUACCGCUGUUUCUUCUCUGCGGAUUUAAUUACAGACAAUUCGAUGCGAAUCUUCUUCCAAUAAUAGUAUCCAAUGCGCCUGCUGGUAUAUCUACAAAAAUGCUUCUACAUUAUGGACAGGAAAUUCGAUCAGGAAAAUUUAGAAGAUAUGAUUAUGGAGUCCUAAACAUUAAAAAGUAUAAGUCCAUAUCUCCACCAGAAUACAAUGUUUCAGCAAUUACAGCACCUAUUGCUAUUUACUAUUCCCAAAAUGACUUUUUUGCAGCAGUGAAGGACGUUGAGCUCUUGGCCAGUCAUUUACCCAACAUAGCAAAGCUAAGGAUGAUUGAAGACAAACGAUUUAAUCAUGUUGAUUACAUUUGGGCCAAAGAUGUUGGUACAAUCAUCAAUGAGGAUGUCAUAGCCACUCAGAAUAAGUACAUACCAUCUGAGCCGCCACAUGAUAAUUCGGCAAAUACUAGUUUUGGAAAAAGUGCUUGGUAUCCAAUCAUAACAAUGCUUCUCACUGCAUUAUUGUACCAAUAAAUAAAGUGUUUUAGUACGA